GCCCAGGAGGCGGGGCGAUGCCGAGCCCGCCGGAGCGCGAACCGCGGGGAGGCGGACUCGGGUUUUAAUUGCAAUUAAACCCGCCGUUGCAGCCUCAGCCCCAGUCGGAGCGGUGCCACCCCUGGUCAGCUGCCGACUGGUUCGCUCGCCUCCCCUCAGCCAUGAUGAGAGGUGCCGGGGCCGGGGCUCCGGCCUGCCGCCGAGUCGGAGGCCUGUAGCGGGCGGCCCGAUGUGUAUGCGCGCCUCCCUCCCCCGCCGCCGGCCUCCCCGCUUCCCCCUGCCCGCCUUUUGAUGUUGUGCGUCUGCCCAGCUGCUCGACAGAACAAGGGGCUGCCCGCUCCCUGCGUCAGCCUGUUCCGCGCCGCCCGACUCCGGAGCGAAGUCUUGAGCCAGGCCAACAGCCUGUCACCCUCGCACCCCCCCCUCCUCCCCUCCCCUCCCCUCCCGGACCGGCCAUGGAGCUGCUGUGCUGCGAGGUGGAGACGGUGAGGAGGGCGCUGCCCGACCCCAGCCUGCUGCACGACGAGCGGGUGCUGCACAACCUGUUGGCGCUGGAAGAGCGGUGCCUGCCGGCCUGCUCCUACUUCAAGUGCGUCCAGCAGGACAUCAAGCCCUUCAUGCGGAGGAUGGUGGCCACCUGGAUGCUGGAGGUCUGCGAGGAGCAGAAGUGUGAGGAAGAAGUCUUUCCUUUGGCAAUGAAUUACCUGGACAGAUUCUUGUCAAUUGUACCGACCACCAAAUGCCAUCUGCAGCUGCUUGGAGCUGUCUGUAUGUUCCUUGCAUCCAAGUUCAAAGAGACUAUUCCUCUAACAGCAGAAAAACUUUGCAUUUACACUGAAAACUCCAUCAGACCAUGCGAGCUUCUGGAGUGGGAGUUGGUGGUUUUGGGAAAGUUGAAGUGGAACCUUGCAGCAGUGACCCCACAUGACUUUAUUGAUCACAUUCUAAAGAAGCUUACCCUGCCUAAAGACAAGCUGCCAUUGAUCAGAAAGCAUGCACAGACCUUCAUUGCCCUUUGUGCCACAGAUUUCAAAUUUGCCAUGUAUCCACCGUCAAUGAUUGCGACUGGAAGUGUGGGGGCAGCAAUAUGUGGACUUCAGCUCGAUAUUGGCUACUGUUCACUUUUAAAUGACAACAUGACAGAUCUCCUGGCCAAGAUCACGCACACAGAUGUGGAUUGCCUGAAAGCUUGCCAGGAGCAGAUCGAAUCAUUACUGGUCAGCAACCUGAGACAAAUUCAUCAGCAGAGGGACCCUUCAAAAAGGUUGGAUGAACUGGACCAGGCCAGCACUCCCACAGAUGUGAGAAAUGUAAACCUGUAAGGCAGCUGGAGUGGAAAAGACCCUGCGUGAUCUUCCCUUUAGGAAUAAAAACCUUGUUUUUCUAUUUUUAAGAUGCUCCCACAUAGAAACUAUCUAAAGCUUCUUUUAGAAAAAAAAACUGAUAUUAAAAUUCUGGUGCCUAUGGCCUUCUGCAGAAGGGAAUCCCACCAUGUAUGUUUGCAUAAUUGCUAUUAUAUUAUCAAUGAUGAACAUGCUUUAAAAGCAUAAAAUAGCUAGCUAAAUGCAGGCCUGUGUAUGUGGGAUCAAAUGAUUAGAUAUUUACUGUUCAACUUUAUGGUGCAUGCACCCUCUUCAGAUUUAAGGAAAUGUCUGUAUGAUUUGUAGCUCAAUUCAGAUGGCAAGGCUAGAGGAUUUGGGGAGGGUUGCUGGGAAAUAAUAUUCUCCUUUAUGAAUGAACCAUCUUCAAUGUAGAAGGAAUUUAACUGCCUUAAGAUAUUGAACCUUGUAUCUUCCUGUGAAAUUAGUUACUGGAGGAUUGCCCUGCAGCAGGUUGUACACUGGGUAUAUAUUUUGCCUUGAAGGUUCAGUGCUUGUCUAGAAAAUUCUCUUCUUUUUAAAUCAACUUUAAUUUGUUUCUGUUUUUGUGUGAACUUGUUAAUUUUGUCACUCUUCCCUCAAUGUCACUGUUUAUAUUUGUCUACCACUUCUGCCCACUUGUGUGUUUCUCAAUUUUUUAAAUCCCUUUGGGAGCUCUGGGUAUUGCCAGCAAGGUCACAAUUUAUUACAUACCCCUAACUGUCCUUGAGAAGGUGGGGAAGAGUCUUCUUGUACUGCUGCAGUCCAUGUAGUCCAGGUACUCCCAUAGUGCUAUUGGUUUGGGAGUUCCUGGAUUCCAGCGACAAUGAAGGAGCAUUAAAUGUGUCUUUCCAUCUUUGAACUUCCUUGUAAAUGUGUGUUUUCACUUUCCCUAUGUUGGUUUCAUAUUUUUCAAGUGUGUUACUUCACUUGUUUUCCCUUUCUGCAUCUGAUUUUAUUGUCUGGCUGUUUUGUUUCUCUGCACCAUUUAUGUCUCUCAGUUUUUGGUUCCUCCUUCAGAAAUGGUUCAUUCUACUCACAACAGCAUUGUUCGCUCCACAUAGAACUGUUCCUCUAACUGUGGGCCAAACUUGAGUGCAUCCAGGGAACUCCCAAUCCAACUACCAGCCAGUUGAUUAUACUUGCCAUGGAGCUCUGCUGAUGUGAAUCUUUUAGUCACAUCUGUUGAUCUCCCAUUUAUACUUCAACUGUUUGACUACCUAGAAUUUUGAAGAACGGAGAAACCUAACUCUUUAUACUUGCAGUUGAAAAGAGGUGUAACAUUUUUCAAAAAGGUCAUUUUCAAACAUUUAUUUAACUUUUACUAUGUGCGAGCAUUGGCCCACAGUUACCAUUAUUGUAAACCAUUUCAUUUGAAAAGCACUUUGAAUAUAUUUCCCAAGGAAUGAAUGGAAUGGUUUAUGAAAUUGACUUGUUUCCCAGUUUCUGGUGUAUUAUAUAAUUACAGUGUUGCUGGAAAAAGAAACAAUACUUUGUAAGGAAGACAUUCCAGUUUGGGUUGCAACAUUCCGCAGAUGUUCAGUAACUUCAUGUAUUGUCAUUGUCACAGAGGGUCCUUGUGUGCCACGGGUGUGCCAAGCUUUGGACAUUUGGAUGAGAAGGUGCAAGAAGCAGCAAAUAUCAUGGUUCACAACUUAUUUGAGAAAAAUUGUAUUCAGUCUACUUGAAUUCUUCUGCUCCAUCAUUAGGGCAUGGUUGGUAAAGAGUUUGGGAGGUUUAUUUGCACAUCUUUUGAUAAUGAUCUGAAAUUUGCAAAUUAAAGCUAUUGAUUGAUUUUUUAAAAAGUUGAUCUAGGGAUUUGUGAAAGGCUGGACUAAAGAAAGUAUUUGUGAGAAAUAGGAUUUUGCUGAAUUGGAGCAGCCUGACCUGGGUUGAUGAGGAUAGAAAAUGGAGUAUGAAUCUUUAAUUGCGCUGCUAUGAAAAGCUAUGAUUUGUUUCAUUCUUAUUCACAUUAACAGUACUUGGCUGUAUUGUUUCACUGAGUGUGCUGCUAUUUUAUAAACAUUUUUAUAAUAUAUUAUUUUACCGCUUAAGUUUCAAAGUCCUGGGAAAAUGAGUACAUUGAUUUACUGGAAGUGCCCAUGUACGGUUUUUUCCAAUAGUGUUUCAUGAUUUUUCUUUUUGUCACAUUCUACAAAGACAGCAUAGUUACCUCAGGUUUACUGGACAAUAAAAUGGUUCCCAUUCACAAUACCUCACACUUCUACAGUUUUCAGGGAGCCUUGAAGGUAUCAUUGUCUUAAAGAGAUAAGGUUGGGCACUCUGUUGUACAUUGCUGCCUCUGCUGAGAUGCACAAGCAAGUUGCACAGGCAUAAGGCUCCCUACUGGGCUCAGUAACAUUGCCAUGUACCUCAUUUACUUUCAGAUGCACAACUCUGUUCUUAAACUUUUUGCUUUACUGAGUGUGAUGCCAUACCAAUACAAUGUUAUUCUCUCACAAUGUGCUCUUGUAUUUUUUUUGUGAUUGUUCAUAUGGUUAGGGAUGAGUAGACAGCAUUUAUAGCUUGAGUACAAUGUGGAAAACUUGUGGGGCAGUUGAUGGGUACAAGGCUCAUUUCAAUAGAUUUGUGAAUAAAUAUUAAAAAGUCUUGUUUGUUCAGUAUUGAAAAGGCUUUUUAUUCAAUAUAUAAUGACCUUGAUUGGAUCAUAGAUGGUUUUAUGGUGUGAGGUGAAAUGGGCAUAUCUAUGGACAAUAAAGUCACUUGGUCCA